UUUCAAUACGGUGAGGUCAUGUUUUCGAAACCACCGGCAGAAUAAGCGCUAUUAAUAAUCGAUAGAGCCUUGACCGCAUCAUUUCUAAAGAGUCUUGCUAUUACAGUGGCAUUUAGGAUAUAGGGAGUGUUGCUGAUAUUUCAAUCGCAGCAGGUUCGUUAAACUCUGCCUCGUUCGGAUGCUCAGUUAUCGACUUCACCAUGAACAAAAAUAAGCGUGAAAAGGAAUUCUACAGUGUAGAUGUCAGUGAUUCAACAUUCACAGUGUUGAAGCGGUAUCAGAAUUUAAGACCCAUCGGCUCAGGUGCUCAGGGAAUAGUCUGCUCUGCAUAUGACCACAACCUUGAACGAAAUGUGGCUAUAAAGAAACUCAGCCGUCCUUUUCAGAAUCAGACUCAUGCCAAGCGUGCAUACAGAGAGCUGGUGCUCAUGAAGUGUGUCAACCAUAAAAAUAUCAUUGGCCUCUUAAAUGUUUUCACACCCCAAAAAACAUUAGAAGAAUUCCAGGAUGUUUACCUAGUAAUGGAGCUGAUGGACGCCAACCUCUGCCAAGUCAUUCAGAUGGAGCUGGACCACGAGCGGCUGUCCUAUCUGCUGUAUCAGAUGCUGUGCGGAAUAAAACACCUCCACUCGGCAGGAAUCAUCCACAGGGAUCUAAAGCCCAGCAACAUUGUAGUGAAGUCAGACUGCACCCUGAAGAUCUUGGAUUUUGGUCUGGCAAGGACAGCCGCCAUGGGUUUGCUGAUGACACCAUAUGUGGUGACUCGUUACUACAGAGCUCCUGAAGUCAUCCUUGGAAUGGGAUAUCAAGCAAAUGUUGAUGUGUGGUCUGUUGGCUGUAUCAUGGCUGAAAUUGUCAGAGGUAGUGUGUUAUUUCCGGGUACAGAUCAUAUUGAUCAGUGGAACAAAGUAAUAGAGCAGCUCGGAACACCAUCCCAAGAGUUCCUGAUGAAACUCAACCAGUCCGUGCGGACCUAUGUUGAGAACAGACCACGCUAUACUGGAUACAGCUUUGAGAAGCUGUUCCCAGACGUCCUGUUCCCUGCUGAUUCAGAACAUAACAAACUGAAAGCGAGCCAGGCACGGGAUUUGCUGUCUAAAAUGCUGGUGAUAGAUGCAUCCAAACGAAUCUCUGUGGAUGUAGCUCUGCAGCACCCCUACAUAAAUGUGUGGUACGACCCAGCUGAAGUGGAAGCGCCAUCUCCCCUGAUCACAGACAAACAGCUCGAUGAGAGAGAACACACGGUGGAGGAGUGGAAAGAAUUGAUUUAUAAAGAAGUGCUGGACUGGGAGGAGCGGAUGAAGAAUGGUGUGAUCCGAGGUCAGCCAUCCCCUCUGGGUGCCGCAGUGAUCAAUGGUUCAUCCCAGCCCUCCUCAUCCUCCUCUAUCAAUGAUGUUUCCUCCAUGUCCACAGAGCCCACCGUGGCCUCAGACACAGACAGCAGCCUGGAGGCCUCUGCGGGACCGCUGAGCUGCUGCAGAUGACUAUCACCUUCCUCUGAAGUUUCUCUGUGUGUGGCAUGGUAUCAGAUUUAGGCCAGUCUAAUUCUUUAUUUCAGGUCGAGUAUGGCUUUUUUGAGUUCCGCUUUAGAUGCUGUAAAUUAUUACACAGUUUUAUCUUUUUAGCGACAUUUUCAAUGCAAAGCCCUAACAGGCUUAGCCAAUGAUAGUGAGAUAUUCAAAGCUUCUUAACAAAUCUCUUCUUUUUAUAAGCUACCACUAGAAUAUUUUGUCAUGUUGUCGUAAAGUGAUUUCGGAAGGUAAUCUGUAAAGAUUGAAUUGUGAAUAUAUUUUCUCAAAUUAAUUUAUUUUCCAUUUUUGAGUGUGUUUUGUUUCCGGGUCAUAUCAGGACAUGGAAAUUCUUAGAAACAAGUCUAUUAUAUUAUUUUCAAAUGGACGGAACCAUGUUGCACAAAUUGAUAUAAGCAUAGAAGAGUUACAAUAGUGGCCAUAAAUACUGGCACCCUUGAUAAAUAUGAGCAAAGUGGAAAAAAAUCUGCAUUGUUUAUCCUUUUGAUCUUUCAUUCGAAAAAUUCACAAAAAUAUAACCUUUAAUUGAAGUAAAACAAUUGAAACAGGGGAAAUACAUCAUUAUUAAAUAAAUAUUUUUCUCCAAAACACAUUGGCCAUAAUUAUUGGCACCCUUUUAUUCAAUACUUUUUGCAACCUCCCUUUGCCAAGAUAAAUGCUCCGAGUCUUCUCUUAUAAUGCCUAAUGAGGUUGGAGAACACAUUGCAAGGGAACUGAGACCAUUCCUCCAUACAGAAUCUCUACAGAGCCUUCAAAUUCAGAGGUUGGUUGACUCUCUUUUCAGUUCACCCCACAAAUUUUUUUAUAGGGUUCAGGUCAGGGGACUGGGAUGGCCAUGGCAAAACCUUGAUUUUGUGGUCAGUGAACCAUUUUUGUGUUGAUUUUGAUGUUUGGUUUGGAUCAUUGUCCUGGUGGAAGAUCCAACUGGGGCCUAUUGUAAGCUUUCUGGCAGAGGUAGCUAGGUUUUGAAUUUUUUUUUUUAUCUGUUGGUAUUUGAUUGAGUCCAGGAUGCCAUGUAUCUGAACAAGAUGUCCAGGACCUCUGGCAGAAAAACAGCCCCACAACAUUAAAGAUUCUGCACCACAUUUAACCGUGGGCAUUGUGUACUUCAUCUCUGUGUGCGCCAAACCCAUCUCUGGUGUUUGCUGACAAAAAGCUCUUUUUUUUUUUUUUGUUUGUUUCAUCUGACCAUAGAACCCGGUCGAAUUUGAAGUUCCAGUAGUGUCUGGCAAACUGAAGACACUUGAGUUUGUUGUUGGAUGAGAGCAGAGGCUUUUUUCUUGAAACCCUCCCAAACAACUUGUGGUAAUGUAGGUGAUGUCUGAUAUUUUUUUUGAGACUUUCUGACCCCAAGACCUAAAUAAUUUCUGCAGUUCUCCAGCUGUGAUCCUUGGAGAUUCUUUGGCCACUUGAACCAUCCUCCUCACUGUGCGUGGAGACAAUAUAGACACUCGUCCUUUUCCAGACUGAUUCUUAAGAUCUCCAGUUGAUUGAAACUUGUUAAUUAUUGCCCUGAUGGUGGAAAUGGGCAUUUUCAAUACUUUGGCUAUUUUCUUAUAGCCACUUCCCAUUUUGUAAAGCUCAACAACCUUUUGCUGCACAUCAGAACUAUAUUCUUUAGUCUAACCCACUGUGAUUGAUGAUUAAGGGAAUUUGGCCUGUGUGUUACCUUAUAUUUGCCAGCAGCUAUAUCACCCUGUAGCUCAAGACUGGUUGCCCACUUAAGCUAAGCAGGGUUGAGCCUGGUCAGUACCUGGAUGGGAGAUCUCUGGGGAAAACUAAGGUUGUUGCUGGAAGAGGUGUUAGUGAGGCCAGCAGGGAGUGCUCAUCCUGUGGUCUGUGUGGGUCCUAAUGCCCCAGUACAGUGAUGGGGACACUAUACUGUAAAAGGCACUGUCCUUCGGAUGAGACGUUAACCCCAGGUCCUGACUCUCUGUGGUCAUUAAAAAUCCCAGGACACUUCUCGAAAUGAGUAGGGGUGUAACCCUGGUGUCCUGGCCAAAUUCCCCCCAUUGGCCCUUAUCAAUCAUGGCUUCCUAAUAAUCCCCAUCCAUUAAUUGGCUCAAUAAUUCUACUCCUCUCCACCAUUAGCUGGUGUGUGGUAAGUGUACUGGUGCACUAUGGCUGCUGUCGCAUCAUCCAGGUGGAUGCUGCACACCGGUGCUGGUUGAGUAGAGUCCCCUAUUCACUGUGUAAAGCGCUUUGAGAGUAGUGUCAGAAAAGUGCUAUAUAAAUGUAAUGAUCAUUCAUUUGUUCAUAUUUAUACCCCUGUGAAACAGGAAGUCAUGGCUGAACAAUUUCAUGUUCCUAGUCACCCAGGUGCACUAAAAAAUGUAAAAUAUCAAUGGGAAUAUACUUCAGAUAUAUUUUACUCACAAGAAUUUCUAGGGGUGCCAAUAAUUGUGGCCAACGUGUUUUGGAGAAAAAUAUUUAUUUAAUAAUGAGAUAUUUCCUCUCUUUCAAUUGUUUUACUUCAGUUAAAGGUUAGAUUUUUGUGAAUUUUUUGAAUGAAAGAUCAAGAGGAUAAACCAUGCAGAUUUUGUUUUCACAGCCUUCUUUGCUCAUAUUUAUCAAGAGUGCCAAUAUUUUUGGCCACAACUGUAUUUAAGUACAUUGUUGUAUAACUUGUCAGUGUUUGCUUUUUUAUGGGUCGUGUUUUCCAUAUUUGUGAUUAACACAUUUUAUUUACAUUUUGCACACUUUCAUUUCGAUUCUGUCGCUCAAGACAUCAAAAAUAUUUUUAUAUGUACAUUGAUUUAUUUUGUCAGGCUGCAUUUUUUUUUUCAUGAAUAUUUUUGCUGCUUGUUAAUUUCUUAGUUGACUGUGAAAUGUGACGUUCUUGUGUGUAUGUUUCUGAUGUACCUUGUUUGAAUUGUUCUAGAUUAUCUAGGAUUUCAGCACAUUUUUUAUUUGUGUUUUACCCCUACUAAAUCUACAUAUGGAACAAACAUUGAGCAACAUUUUUCUCUUUUAUAUUCAGUCCAGUUUGUAACAUGAGCAAGUUAGUUUUGUGACUUUUGGAUCAUCAAUUCUCGAAGCUGGUGGAUCAAAUUUUUAUUUUAUUUUAUUUUUUACACCAAGUGAUUGAACAGACAAAAGUGUCUGCAUUGGUACAUUUCUAGCAUAUUCUAUUAGAGUCAUUAAGCUGCUUAAUUUAUUUUUGUACAACAGUGAAAUGAACCAAAUUUGGAAAUAAUUUAUUCCCACAUAGUUUUACCUUUUUUGUGUUUCUCCUCCCCCAGAAUGAAAAGUCUUUAUAUAACGUAACGUAAAUGAACAUGAGCUACUGUAUUGAGGAUUGAGUUACAGUAUGUGUGUGCAUCGUAACUUGUGAUUCUGACUACUUUGGAGCUCUAUGCAAUAUUGGAUGAAAGAUUAAUAUACAUUUGUUUUUUAAUGUGAGCUAGAAUGUUGAAUAGGCCUGAAGUAUAAAGUGGGAAUCUGAAUAUUGUUAAAUCUGAAUGGGGUUUGGCCCAUUGGUUUUAUUUACCUACACGCAGGGUAAGAUUUUUUUAUUUUAUUUUUUGCCAUUAUUUUAUAUUGUGUUGUUUUUUUUGUAUGUUUUGUGGAAGUGCUCUUAACAGUGGCAAUGAUAUUUAGCCCUACUAUACAUACAUACCUGGGAAGACUGAGCUACUGUAACUGCAACAAGAACAAGCUUCUCAUGUGGUUCAUUUUAGGCAUGGAACAGCCGAUCCAUUUGAGAGUUGAGUCUGAACUACCUCACACUGACGCCAUACAGCUCACAUUUUAGAAGUAUUACUGUAACAUUUAUUUAUUUUAUUAAGAUGUGCAUGUCAUGUGAUGUGUUAGAAAUAUUUAAGUGUCUGUCGAGUUUGGAAGUGUGAAUCUGAGAAUGUUCUGGAUGUUUGUGUGUAUUCAACGAGUGAGCAUUCUUGUUACGUCUAUGCUGUUUUGUGUGUGUGUUCUUCAGCUUAUAUACUCAAAGCUGAAAAAUUAAUCACCUUAUUUCAGACUCGGCAUCUAAUUGAAAGGGUUUGGAAGGAUUCAGUCCAUGUUUUGCUUUUUCCAGAAAAAGAAAUUGAUGAAAUGGAGAGAAAGGCAUCUCGUCCACAGUUUCAACAGCAGGCAGUACAGUAUCUUGCAUGGCCUGCUUUACAUUUGAUAUUAAGUUCAAAAAAUGUAUAAGAACUAUAAGAUCAUGGAGCUGAGUUUAUUACAUUUCACAAACUGAUGCAGUUGUUUUGUAGGGUUUACAGAUUACCACCUCUUUAGAGUGCACUGAAAUUCAACUGUGUUAACAUCAUUACAUCUGGAAAAAUAGAAAUAAACUGUCAGAAAAUUGG